UUAUUCGAGUAGGUUCUAUCAUGAUGAAGUAUACGAGUAAUAAUAACAUAGUAGAGCUGCAAGAUCUUUUGGACAGUGACGAUGAAUUACCAACCAAUUAUAAUGAGGAGCCAGAUCUACCUGCCUAUCUUGAUGACCAGCGGUUUGAUGCAAUACAAUUUAACUGGAUAAAGAACAACAAAACCAGAAGUAUUCCCGUCAAACCACCAGUCACUCCUGUCAAGCCUUUACUCACUACCAUCAAGCCAUUGGUCGCUCCAGUCAAGGUUGUCACUCCAGUCACAACAUUGAUCACUCCUGCUUCCAUCCAACACCCCUCCAACACCCACCAACAGGAACACUUGCCACCACCUAGCAAAGACUGCAGCAAUAAAAACUUGAUCAAAAAGGGGAUUCUAAAUGAGGAGGACAUCUUGUGUAUGAGGAGUGUCGCCGCUCAAACCACUGACGAUGAAGCAUUGUUAUGGUUCAUCGACUUCCUCAUGCACAAAGACAUGCAGGCGGAUUAUAGAUUUUUGAAAAGUUGCCUUGUUGUUCACCAAGAAAACUAUGGGAGAUCUAAAACACAGUACUCACAAAUAUAUUUUCCUAAAAGUUUGAACAAUUGCUUUGAGUUAGUUGUGAAAUAAGCUUUUGAUAUAAUAUUCCCACUGUUUAUGCUAAUAUUACUAGUUAAGUU